AUACUGUCGCGUUUCUCGGUGACUGACUUCUCUCAUCCGUUCGUCUCUACGUCGACUCCUCCUUUCCCACGUGUUUGCAUACCCUAUUGGCCCGUUAUUUUGAGCUUCGGUAACUGUACGUCAUACUAUACUGAGUUCACUGAAGUGGAUGCAUCCUAUAAAGAUGAUCUGCUGCUUACACUGAUCCUUCUAGGGCAUUCCACACUCCUCUUCGCUCUCUAGAAUAUCACAUUGAUUCGGUUUUGUAAUGGCUGAGGCUGCACCUGUUGCUGCUCCCAACGCUGAGCUGUUGGAAUGGCCUAAGAAGGAUAAGCGCCGGUUACUCCAUGCAGUGUAUCGUGUGGGUGAUCUUGACCGUACCAUCAAGUUUUAUACUGAAUGUUUUGGAAUGAAGCUGCUCAGGAAAAGAGACAUUCCCGAAGAGAAAUACUCUAAUGCUUUUCUUGGGUUUGGCCCAGAAGUGUCUAAUUUUGUUGUGGAAUUGACAUACAAUUAUGGCGUGUCUUCAUAUGAUAUUGGAACUGGUUUUGGUCACUUUGCUAUUGCAACUCAAGAUGUUUACAAAUUGGUUGAAGACAUCCGGGCCAAGGGUGGGAUUAUCACGAGAGAGCCUGGUCCUGUUAAAGGUGGGCAAAGUGUCAUCGCCUUUGUAAAGGAUCCCGAUGGAUAUGUUUUUGAACUUAUCCAAAGAGGUCCAACUCCUGAGCCACUCUGCCAAGUGAUGCUUCGAGUUGGUGAUUUGGAUCGCGCUAUCAAGUUUUAUGAAAAGGCCUUGGGAAUGAGGCUGUUGAAGAAGGUUGAUAGACCUGAAUACAAGUACACCAUUGCCAUGUUGGGGUAUGCAGAAGAACAUGAGACAACUGUUCUGGAGCUGACUUACAAUUAUGGUGUGACUGAAUAUACCAAGGGAAAUGCAUAUGCUCAGAUUGCUAUCAGCACUGAUGAUGUAUACAAAAGUGCUGAGGUUGUCAGCCUGGUCAUACAAGAGCUUGGAGGAAAGAUUACUCGACCAGCAGGGCCAAUUCCUGGAAUCAACACCAAGAUUACCUCUUUCCUAGAUCCAGAUGGUUGGAAAACUGUCCUUGUUGACAAUGAAGAUUUCCUGAAGGAGCUGGAGUGAAAUAUAACUGCAUAAUGGAGAAGAUUACGGUGUGAUUAAAAACUUACGGCGCAUCAACUAUCCUACUAUCCUUGAAUAACUCUAGCAAAUGGCUGUCUGUGUAAGCAGUAGUUGUGUUGUGAUGUUGUUCUGUGUGACUUGAAUGACACUUAUGUUGUUUUAUAUAUGUAUUGGAUGUAAUGUGAUUUGAGUUUUA